AUGUCAGCGCAGAACUGGGUGUGGAAGAAGCCUGAGGAGGAGAAGGAGGAAGUUGUGGCCGAGUUUGCUCCCUCUGAGAAGAGAGCAGAGGAAGUGGGUGUUGAAAUCACUACCGAGGAAGCUGCUGAAAUCACGGAAGCAGAAAUCACUGAACAAGUCACAACCGCCGAAGCACCCAAAGAGAGCGUGGGUGUAGAAAUCAGCACUGCUGAGACUGUGGAGGCAGUGGAAGAGAAACCCACUGUUGAAAUUCUGGCCGAAGAACAAGUGGCCGAACAGAUCUCAGUGGCUGCUGAGGAGACGGUCAAGGAGGAAGUGUCCCUUGAAAUCGUGUCUAAAGAGCAACCCGAAACUGAAAUGGUGGUUGAAAUCCCGGAGGAGAAACCCUCCGAGGAUGUCAGCGCAGAACUGGGUGUGGAAGAAGCACCUGAGGAGGAGAAGGAGGAAGUCGUGGCCGAGUUUGCUCCCUCUGAGAAGAGAGCAGAGGAAGUGGGUGUUGAAAUCACUACCGAGGAAGCUGCUGAAAUCACGGAAGCAGAAAUCACUGAACAAGUCACAACCGCCGAAGCACCCAAAGAGAGCGUGGGUGUAGAAAUCAGCACUGCUGAGACUGUGGAGGCAGUGGAAGAGAAACCCACUGUUGAAAUUCUGGCCGAAGAACAAGUGGCCGAACAGAUCUCAGUGGCUGCUGAGGAGACGGUCAAGGAGGAAGUGUCCCUUGAAAUCGUGUCUAAAGAGCAACCCGAAACUGAAAUGGUGGUUGAAAGCCCGAAGGAGAAACCCUCCGAGGAUGUCAGCGCAGAACUGGGUGUGGAAGAAGCACCUGAGGAGGAGAAGGAGGAAGUUGUGGCCGAGUUUGCUCCCUCUGAGAAGAGAGCAGAGGAAGUGGGUGUUGAAAUCACUACCGAGGAAGCUGCUGAAAUCACGAAGGCAGAAAUCACUGAACAAGUCACAACCGCCGAAGCACCCAAAGAGAGCGUGGGUGUAGAAAUCAGCACUGCUGAGACUGUGGAGGCAGUGGAAGAGAAACCCACUGUUGAAAUUCCGGCCGAAGAACAAGUGGCCGAACAGAUCUCAGUGGCUGCUGAGGAGACGGUCAAGGAGGAAGUGUCCCUUGAAAUCGUGUCUAAAGAGCAACCCGAAACUGAAAUGGUGGUUGAAAUCCCGGAGGAGAAACCCUCCGAGGAUGUCAGCGCAGAACUGGGUGUGGAAGAAGCACCUGAGGAGGAGAAGGAGGAAGUCGUGGCCGAGUUUGCUCCCUCUGAGAAGAGAGCAGAGGAAGUGGGUGUUGAAAUCACUACCGAGGAAGCUGCUGAAAUCACGGAGGCAGAAAUCACUGAACAAGUCACAACCUCCGAAGCACCCAAAGAGAGCGUGGGUGUAGAAAUCAGCAAUGCUGAGACUGUGGAGGCAGUGGAAGAGAAUCCCACUGUUGAAAUUCCGGCCGAAGAACAAGUGGCCGAACAGAUCUCAGUGGCUGCUGAGGAGACGGUCAAGGAGGAAGUGUCCCUUGAAAUCGUGUCUAAAGAGCAACCCGAAACUGAAAUGGUGGUUGAAAUCCCGGAGGAGAAACCCUCCGAGGAUGUCAGCGCAGAACUGGGUGUGGAAGAAGCACCUGAGGAGGAGAAGGAGGAAGUCGUGGCCGAGUUUGCUCCCUCUGAGAAGAGAGCAGAGGAAGUGGGUGUUGAAAUCACUACCGAGGAAGCUGCUGAAAUCACGGAGGCAGAAAUCACUGAACAAGUCACAACCUCCAAAGCACCCAAAGAGAGCGUGGGUGUAGAAAUCAGCACUGCUGAGACUGUGGAGGCAGUGGAAGAGAAACCCACUGUUGAAAUUCCGGCCGAAGAACAAGUGGCCGAACAGAUCUCAGUGGCUGCUGAGGAGACGGUCAAGGAGGAAGUGUCCCUUGAAAUCGUGUCUAAAGAGCAACCCGAAACUGAAAUGGUGGUUGAAAUCCCGGAGGAGAAACCCUCCGAGGAUGUCAGCGCAGAACUGGGUGUGGAAGAAGCACCUGAGGAGGAGAAGGAGGAAGUCGUGGCCGAGUUUGCUCCCUCUGAGAAGAGAGCAGAGGAAGUGGGUGUUGAAAUCACUACCGAGGAAGCUGCUGAAAUCACGGAGGCAGAAAUCACUGAACAAGUCACAACCGCCGAAGCACCCAAAGAGAGCGUGGGUGUAGAAAUCAGCACUGCUGAGACUGUGGAGGCAGUGGAAGAGAAACCCACUGUUGAAAUUCCGGCCGGAACAAGUGGCCGAACAGAUCUCAGUGGCUGCUGA